CCCUUCUCUAAAACCAUAUUUCAUCCCCUUCUAAUAGUGUUUCCAUGGUUCAAAGUCAACAGCCAACAAUAUGGGGGUUGGGAAUCGCAUUCCCUAUUAUUGCUAUUAUUUCUGUUAUGCUUAGGUUUCAGGCUCGCCGAAUCAAAGGCCAAAAGUUGGAGUCUGAUGAUUGGACCAUCCUGGUAGCUCUGAUAUUUAGCAUUGGUGUCACAAUAGAUAUUCUCAUUAUGACCCAGCAAGGCGGUUUAGGAACCCAUCAACAAUAUGACGAUGACGGAUAUCCGCUGGAUCCCGAAUCCACGGUAAUCUUCGGCAAGACAACAUAUGCACUUGAGAUAUUAACAUUGCCAGCAGUAGGACUAACCAAAAUCAGUGUCCUCCUGAUGUAUAAACGUAUCUUCACAACUCCAAGAUUUAGGACAAUGACUUGGAUUCUCGUUGGUCUUACAAUCGCUUGGACGAUAGCAUUUGCCUUUGCCUUUGUGUUUUCAUGUACACCGAUUGCUUCGCAAUGGAAUCUCGAACUCGAGUCCACCUGUGUCGACCAGGAGGCACUCUUUACCACCGCAUUAGCUAUAGAUGUCACUACAGAUUUUACGAUCCUCUUCCUACCAGUUUAUAAAAUUUGGCUGUUACAGAUGCCGUUUGCGCGAAAGGUUUCGAUCAUAUGCAUAUUCCUCCUUGGUGGUUUAGUUAGUAUUGUCGGCAUUAUUCGGAUUCACUUUUUAACCCAAAUCAACUCUGACUCCGAAGAUCCUACCGAGGUAGAUGGCAAUUCCGUCCUCGAAGACUCUGCCGAGAUAGAUGGCACGUGGAUAUAUACGCAAGUUUUCUACUGGACCAUCAUCGAGACUCAUGUGGGUGUGUUAAGCGCAUGUCUCCCAACCCUUCGUCCCAUCCAGGAGCAAAUUGUCCUCAAGUUCUCCUUCUCCAACCUGCGCGGGUCAGCCGCGCGCCUCCUCUCAUUAUCCAAUGGCAAGGCAAGCAAGGCUCGUAACAGAUCCAUGGAAGAAGGCCUAACCUUGGACAAUAUAGAGGUUUCGCAUACCUCUGAGGAAUCAAGAGCCCCGCAUCAUUUUUAGAGAUUUUUCCUAUUAACAUAGUAGUUAGCGGGUAUGACUUUUCCAUAGCUGAUCGCAAUUGAUUAAUAAUAAUAUCUAAAAUAAUAUCUAAAGUUACUUGCUACCUUGCCUAGGAGAAGAAAUU